AUGUCAUCUAAUAUUACAGAUAAAAAAAUUCAAUUUGAUGAAGAGUAUAAAUUGUCUUCAGAACAAAUUCUAAUUGAAAAUGAAAUGAUUUUCAAAUCACUUGAUGAGAUGAAGAGAAAACUCGUAGAUUUUGACGUUAGACUUAUCAGUCUCGAAGAAGAACAGAAACACAAGUCGUCUACAUCAUCACAAAAGGACUCAUCUGAUCAUCAUUCGAAAGAAACAAAGAAUUCGAGUACUCUCUUGAAAACGACAAUUCCAAAAGAAAAACAACAUUCAACCUGUUUUCUAUGUCCUUGGCAGAAGAAAGUUUGUUCAUUAUAUUUCGAUGACUUGUACGAUUUCGAUAAAAAAGAAAUCAAUACGAAUAUUGGCGCUGACUCAGAUCGUUUGACAUGUAAAUGUGGACAUUUAAUUCGUUUUCAUCAACGUCAUCCAAAUUCACCAAAAAAACCACUUCCUUCUUUUGCAAAUCCACCAUGGGGUCAAUUCUUAUAUGAAGAAUUUAUUCCACCAAUUAUUCAAGAUUGGAUCUGGUCUUAUCGAACAAACAAAUCCAAGAAAGUGAUUUAA